GCUAGUGGUCCUAUAAUCCAUCACCUUGACUUUACUUCCUUAACAUUUCCACCUCACUUCUUCAUCUCAAGCUUCUUCUACAAAUAACGAGUUCCAUGGAUACUUCUUAUACACUACCUACUACUAGUAAAGGCAAUAAGCAGUUACAUAUCUACAAAAGCAAUGAUUGGUAUCAAUUUCUUCGUCUUACUAAUAGUAAGCCACGUUCCACGUGCUCGAACGGUCCAUUGACCAGGUAAUCUCAUCCCUGUAACUAUUGCUCACAGCUGAAGGAGGAACUGGAAGGUGAUCUGCAUAGAUGUGUUAUACAAGGAUGGAAAAGUAAAGCCCGCCCGCCUUCGGUUCGUCUUUAGCGCACUGGAGUGGAUUCCGAAAACUCUUGGUUGAGACACUAAAGAAGAUGUAGAGACUCAAGAUAUUACAUAAAGAUCGCCUGUGGUGUCUGGGCAUGCAUAGGUGGUCCUUGAUUAUGCCUAUAGCUCGCUUACCUACCUAGUAAGUAAGCCUGGUGGCUGACCAUGAUGGCGGAAAUGAGUACAUAUGUUACCUAAGUAGGUAACAUCUCCCUUCACAUUUUCCCCUUGGAUCUUCGUCUACCUACACUAUAUACACCCACCUCCGCGAGUGCCUACCUACCAUACGGCCAUGUCUUCGACCGACUAUUCUGGCUGGGCUAUCCGCCGAAACGGGUCCUGUCUUCUUUCCCAGGAGGUCGACUGCGGCGCCACGUUGGCACCCUUCCGAGCCUGUUGCCCGUCUUCCACAGUCUGUCCUAGCCAAUACAACGUCGCCUGUUGCCCAUCUGGAACGAACUGCACUACCACGAUCGUCGAGACCCCCCGAUGCGCCAACGAAUCAUGGGCUAUGUUUGAUAAUGCCGGAUUCUUCUGUUGCGAGACAAAUCAAGUAGGCUAUAACAGAAGCAAUACCGAUGGGUGCUUGCAAUCGGGCACUAGCUUGCCGGACGACGCAUUGCCGCUAGCUGUGGUCGAGCAGAGUAGUGCUUCGUCGACGAUAUCCAGCACGACAACGGGGACGACAUCGACAACUUCGACGGCAACGUCCACUGUAGAGUCAGGUUCGGGCAGUAGCGGCAGCAGUAGUAGCAGCUCUCCCGCUGGCGCAAUCGCUGGGGGUGUGGUGGGAGGAAUUGCCGCCAUUAUGAUUGUUGUUCUAAGCAUCUGGUUCUUUCGCCGAAGGAGAAACCAAAAUGAGAUUCCUCCGACAACUAAUGAGCCCCCAGUCCCCCCGACCACUGAUACACCCCCAAUCGCAGCACCAUAUAAUACACCAUACAAUGAGAAAUACGCCGGAGUAGUCGCGCCCCAUCGAUCCGAGAUUGACGGCAACUCCCGGUCAGAGUUGGCGACUGACCCUUACUACGUACGAUCUGAGUUACCCUAGCACUCUUCUAUAAGUGAAUUCUAGCAGGCUGGUAUUUGACGUAUAUGAAGGACCUUGGAAGUUAUAGAGCAUGAGCAUUUGGCAUUAAAUUUGUGUCUGUAAUAGAUACCUAUGGAGUAGUUGGGGUUGGGGGGGAGAUACCUGAUCUAGUUGGUGCGUUUGAUAAGAGCAUAACAUAGUAUACCUCAGCAUGCGUCCUUGUGGAAAAGCAAUAUAUUGUAAUAUUCUUACAUAGCUAGAUACCUAUUCAGUACUGGCUGAUGUCGUUCAAUUCUACAUCACGGUGUGCUGAAAGUGCAAAACUCAAGAUUAUCUGUCUAGUUUGAAACUGAUAUUGGCAAUACCUAUGGACAAUUGCUUAGUAGCAAAUGGAUGCUUCUUUCAAC